CAGCUGCACGCAGUCGCUGCUCACACUUUGCAUUUUCAUGAGGACGGAACUGAGGCGCUCCUUCCGUCGUCUCCUCAACGUCCUGCUUCUUCUUCUUCUUCUUCUUCUUCUUCUAUGGACGCAUAUUGAGGUGCAGCGUUCAGCGCAGACCGCCUAAAAGUGGAGAGAUGCCCGCCCCGCCUCCCCCGCCGCCCCCGGCACCCCCGCCUCCACCGACGCUAUCACUUGCUAACACGGAGAGGCCGAGCCGCGGGGAGCAGAAGGGCCGCAACGCUUUGCUGUCCGACAUUUGCAAGGGGACCAAACUGAAAAAGACCGUCACCAAUGACCGCAGUGGACCCCAGCUGGACAAACCCAAAGGAGGAGGUGGUGGAGGUCCGGGUGGAGGUGGUGGAGGAUUUGGUGGCGGCGGUGCUCCUGCUGGUUUAGGAGGCCUGUUUGCCGGCGGGACGCCAAAACUCCGCUCAGCGGCCAACCGAGACUCCAGUGACCCGGGACCCAGCAGAGGACCCGCACUGCCCCCAAGUCGCUUCAGCGGGGGCCCCACCCCCUUCGCAGGUCCUCCCAAGCUCCCGGGUGCGCCCGCCGUGGUCCGUGGCGGCGUUCCCGAUCUUCCCAAGAACCGCUCAGGUCUCUCCUCAAGGCAAGACACUCCAGGGGGCGCCCCUCCUCCCGUCCCCAACACGCCUCGACCCAACCAGAACUUCAGUCCCCGUGCGGGACUCCCCCCUCCGUCCCUUCCUACGGGACCCAGAUCCAGCCCUUCGUCCGGGCCCCCGCCCCCGAGUCUUCCUCCGGGGCGGCACGGGCCCCUGCCUCCGCCCCCGGGUGGCUCCUCAAGGUCGAGCUUCUCAUCGCCGCCGCCUCCGAAUAAUAGCAGACCACCCUUACCCCCAGCUCCCGGGGGGCGGCCCCCGCUUCCCGACGACCGGCCGCCACCCCCGCCGGCCCCGGUCGGAGGGCACCGGCCGUCCAUGCCCCGAGAUUUGCCCCCGCCGCCGCCUCCUGCCCUCAACGCGAAACCGAUUUCGUCGGUCUCCUCUCGGUCCGGCGCGGGAGCACCCCCUCUUCCGCCGGGGCGACCCGGCCCACCUCCUCUGCCGCCGACGCCCGCUGUGGGGGACGACCACUGCACACCUCGCCUCCCCCAGAGGAAUACUUCACUCAGCACUUGUGGCUCUUCACCACACAUCCGAACAGGACCCCUCCCUCCUCCGCCCAAUGAGAGGCCGCCAUCCUUCGGAAGAACCCAAUCAUCAGGCCGCACAGGCCCCCUUCCACCGCCUCCCCCCUCGGGCCGCAUUGCGGGUGGUGUGGGCGUAAAGUCAUCGCCAGGGCAAUCUCCUAUCGGGCGGCCGGGGUCAGAAUCUCCACGGGGCGGGCCCGGGGGUAGGCCCCCCCUACCCCCGGACAGACCGGGGACAGGAGGAGGUGGCGCCCCCCCGCCACCGCCACCACCCAUAGGCAACGGCUUCCAAAACUCGCAUCACAGCCAGAUACACGAUGAUUGGGAACUUCGGUUCACGUUCCAUCCCGUCUCAGACCUGCCUCCACCCGAACCCUACCAGCACCUCCCCAAGACUUACCCCAGCAAGAUGAACAAGACUGAUGGAAAAGGUUCAGGUAAAAAGGAAAGAGGGGCUCCCCCUCUUCCUCCCACACCCAGGUGAGAGUGACGAAGACGUGCAAAGCGGACCGGAAGAACAGUGUUAAAAAAAAAAAAAUGUUGAAAAAAUGUUUUUAAAAAAUUUAAUUUUAAAAAAACAGGAAGAACGUUAGCCACCAAAUCAGAAAGUGGGUUCGCACUUCCUGCUUUCCCCGUUUUGAAUUGAUUUUCUCCUCACAAAAUCCACAAUUCGCAUCCCGAGGACACAAGUGAGCACAAAACGAAUAUCACGUGCAGUCAAUCAGCUUCCUCAGGGGAUUUGCGUUUUUUUUUUUUUUUUUUGGAAGGGUUUGAAUGUUAAAAGUUUUGUGCCUUAAGGAGAAAGCCAGGGAUUCGUUCCCAUCAGUGCCUUAAAUGAAAUAAUUUGGAUGAGUGUUGAACGGCUUCGGGGGAAAUGCAAUGGCCCGUUUCUCCAACAGCCACGCGUGCCUUUACAGCAAGUUUACUUUUUUUUGUGCGGUACUGAAUGGUACUUUUUCCAUUAUUAUUAUUUUUUGUUUGUUUUAUUUCACCAGAGUACACACACACACUUUAAUUCACAUCCACGACCUGGAUGUCAUUGCACUCGGCACUGAUGUAUUUUUA